ACUACUACAGGGUAGGUGAGGUGAAAGAGCUUAAGGAAGGCGUCUCUUCCUUCAUUCUUCUGCCUCCACUUCAAAAUCCCCACCAAAUUUCUCCAUUCUCUUAGCAUUACAGCCGCAUCUCUCUCUCUCUCUCGAUGGCAGCGGCAGGGGCCUCCAUCUCUUCGCAGGCCUUCCUGAAGGGGAGGAGAUCCGAUGGCGGCUUUGGCCUUGGUUUCAGCCCUUCUGAUCUGGGUGGUCUAUCUUCCCCGGCCGUUGUCCAGAUCUGUCUGCGGAGGUUGCCCCAUCCGUCUCGAAGGCUAGAGGUGAAAGCCAUUGGAAACGUCUUCGGAAAUUACUUUAAAGUUGCAACUUAUGGAGAGUCUCAUGGUGGAGGUGUUGGAUGCACAAUCAGCGGUUGCCCACCAAGAUUACCCCUCUCAGAAGCUGAUAUGCAAGCAGAGCUUGAUAGAAGGAGGCCAGGUCAGAGCCGAAUAACUACUCCAAGGAAGGAAACUGAUACAUGCAAAAUUCUUUCGGGAAUCUCUGAAGGAAUGACCACUGGAACUCCAAUCCAUGUUUUUGUACCAAAUACAGAUCAAAGAAGUCAUGACUAUAGUGAAAUGUCAAUAGCAUACCGGCCUUCUCAUGCAGAUGCUACAUAUGAUUUUAAAUAUGGCAUAAGAUCAGUUCAGGGUGGUGGCAGAUCAUCAGCCAGAGAAACUAUCGGUAGAGUUGCUGCGGGGGCUGUUGCAAAGAAGAUUCUCAGGAUCAAAUCAGGCGUAGAGAUAUUAGCUUAUGUCUCUCAAGUGCAUAAAGUUGUGCUUCCUGACGGAGUGAUUGACUAUGAUUCUGUCACAGUAGAUCAGAUUGAAAGCAACAUUGUCAGGUGUCCAGAUCCAGAGUAUGCUCAGAAGAUGAUUGAUGCCAUUGAUGCUGUUCGUGUUAAAGGUGACUCUGUUGGUGGUGUUGUGACCUGCAUUGCAAGAAAUGUUCCACGUGGACUUGGAUCCCCAGUCUUUGAUAAGCUUGAAGCAGAGUUUGCAAAAGCUAUGAUGUCACUUCCUGCAACUAGGGGGGUUGAAUUUGGAAGUGGAUUUUCCGGCGCCUUAAUGAUGGGGAGUCAGCAUAAUGAUGAAUUUUAUACGGAUGACAAUGGGAUAAUUAGAACAAGAACAAACCGUUCAGGUGGUAUUCAGGGAGGCAUAUCCAAUGGAGAGACCAUAUACAUGAGGGUAUGUUUUAAACCAACAUCAACAAUUGGGAAGAAACAAAACACAGUUACUCGAAACCGAGAGGAAACCGAACUCCUCGCAAGGGGUCGUCAUGAUCCUUGUGUUCUACCUCGAGCUGUGCCAAUGGUGGAAGCAAUGGCUGCUUUGGUUCUUGUAGAUCAGCUAAUGGCUCAAAUCGCACAGUGUGAAAUGUUUCCCAUCAAUCUCGACCUCCAGCGCUCUGUUGCUGAGCCUAUCAAUGGUUCUGUAAAGGUUCCCUCUGUUUAAUGGCAGUUUUGUUGUUCUUCUUUUACAGAAUUCAAGAAUUUAUAUGCAUUAUAGUGUUAGCAACUUAUGACCAGUUGCUUUAAAUUAGACUUAAAUUUUGCUUUCUCCCUCCUUGCUUUUGAGAGCUGGCUUUGAGUGAAAUUUGAUGGUAAAUAGAAGACUAUUUUACCAGUUAUAGUUUUGUUUGUCACUCUUGUUUCUCUUAGUUGGUAAUUCUGAUAUAUGAAAUAAAAUCAUCUUAUUCUUA